AUGGAAUUAGAGAGAAAUAAUGAAAUAUUAGUUGGUAGUGAAGAAGAGGAUGUGAUGCUUCCACUUCCAGGGUUUAGGUUUCAUCCAACAGAUGAAGAACUUGUUGCUUUUUAUUUGAAAAGAAAGAUUCAAAAUCACCCCAUCUCCAUGGAACUCAUCAGAGAACUCGAUAUCUAUAAAUACGAUCCAUGGGAUCUUCCAAAGCUAGGUUGGACAGGAGAGAAGGAGUGGUAUUUUUACUGCCAAAGAGAUAGGAAAUAUAGAAACAGUGCAAGGCCAAAUAGAGUGACAGGAGCUGGGUUUUGGAAAGCUACUGGAACUGAUCGUCCCAUUUAUUCUUCUACAAAUUAUCUCUCCAAAUCCAAAUCCAAAUCCAAAUCCAUUCUUAUUGGUUUGAAGAAAUCUCUUGUGUUCUAUACUGGCAGAGCUUGUAAAGCCCUCAAAACUGACUGGAUGAUGCACGAGUUUCGCCUUCCCGAUUCGCCACCGAAUGACUCAUGGGCGAUAUGUCGAAUCUUCAAAAAAACAAAUAUUUCCGCAGCUCAAAGAGUUGCUUCUUCUUCCUUCCCAAAACAACAUGAAAAAUCGGAGAACAAAGACAGCACCACCAUAAAUGUUCCAUUAUCUACAUACAACCCAUUUGAUUAUUUGGAGGCAAAACUCCCUGAGCUUUCAAUUCCAAAUGAGCCCUUUGCCAUUGCCCCGCCUCCCAUGGAAAUGUCCGACAUUGCGAAAUCCGCCAUCGAUGUUUCCUCCAUCCUCUUCAAUAUGUCGUCUUCCUUGCUCGGCGACUUUGCUCCGUCUUCCCCCGCUCCCACCUCUGACCCAUUCACGUCGUCAUUUCACUCUCAUAAUCACGGUCACACCCACCACUCCGACAUCUUUUCCUUGCCCACGACUUUACUACACCAACAGAACACGUUGUCGUUAGAGUAUUCGCAUCGGUCAGACUCGCCAUUGAGUUCCAUUUGGGAUGAGUUGUUGAAUAACUUGAAUUAA